AUGCUAUCUUCCUUCAACGUUUCUGCUGUAGUCGGUGGUCCUUUGUUUGGUCGUAUUGUAGACUGGAUUGGACAUCCACGCCUUGUUUUUCUUUUCACUUGUUGGUUGAAAGUCGUCUCAUACAUACUCUACAGCAUUAACAUCUCAGCAGUUUUCCCUCUGGUUGGCAGACUGGUCAGUGGACUGGGUUCUGGGGGCGGUGUUGCAAUUAUUCUUGGUCAGGUAGCCAUACAAACCGACGUUGAAGAGCGUGGAACAAUAUUUGUAUUGCUCGAAGCUGUAUAUUGUGUAGGAGCUACUGUUGGUCCCGGCGUUGGAAGCUUUAUUGCAUUUGAUGUUACAAUUUGGGGAUGGCAUAUCAACCAAGGCAACUCACCGGGGAUUAUAUUAACCAUAGUGUGGAGUAUUUUCUUGAUUGUGACAAUAUUAUUACCUAAGGACAUUUGGAUUGAAAUUGUAACUGUUCAGAAAGAAAUCGUGAGCGAAGAUGUAGGAAGAAUCGCCGUUGAUCGAACUUUUACCGAAGAUGAUCCUAAAGGUGAUCGAAGAUUGACCGACGUCCACCCGAAAGGCGACCGAAGUUUGGCCGAGUACGAUCUGAAUGUCGAUCGUCACCUAACCAAAGAUGAUGCGAUCGCCGAUCCCGAAGAUGACCGAAUCAAACCGAGUGGUCACCGAACUGUUGCCGAUCAUGAUGACGAAAGCAAGACGAAGAUUGAAUGGAACUCGCGCAUUUUCUGUCUGCUUUACCUGACAUUUGCAAGCGAAUUUUUCUCGAGUACUGCGACAUUCUAUGUCCCCGUUUUGGCAUUGAACCAUUUUCAUCUUGAACUAAUCUACGUUAAACUACUCUUCCUGAACUGCACUCUAUUUACUUUGCUUGUUUUCAUUCUACUCUCGCUCGUCUCGGACUAUUUUGAUGAACGUAAAUUAUUCCUGGUUGCUUUGUCGAUGCAAAUUGCCGCCAUCUCAGUGCUAACAUCGAUUGGAUUCACCUGGGAUCGCAUCACAAGUACUCAAAACUACAUAUUAUUGCUGUACAUAUGUCUUGGCAUGCCUUACUUCGCUUUUCCGUUCAGUAAUUCCAUUCUAUCGAAGAUCACUGACGCGCGCAACGCGUCGUUCUAUCAAGGCAUGUCCUACGCAGCAUUGCAAUCGGGGAUCCUGAUCAGCCGUGUCGCUGUCAGUUUCGUGAACACAAAAGAAAGUUUGAUCAUUUAUUGUUUUGUCUUAAUGUUUCUCUGGUCGCUUGGGUUGAUAUGGUUUGCUGUACAUUACAAGCAAUUUGUUGCGAGCGAAGAAAAACAUCAAUAGAUUCUUAGGAAAUUGACUGUGAUUUUAGCUUUAAAGUCAUUCUUCAUGAAAUGUUUGAAUGUUUCUGAUUUACAGUUAUAUUUUUAUUUAAAAAAAACUUCUAUCAAUCGAAUCAGGGCUGCCGUACAUAGGGUGCUUUCAGAGGCUGUUACUCAUUGCGAAGAUUGAUUUUUUAAAGCUCUGAGGCUGGAAAAGCAAAAUAUGUUUUCUAUUUAUCAGUAAGAAAAUCAUGUAAACCUUCUGAUAAAGGUACGUAUAAGUUAGGUGCAUGUGAUCAUACGCAAUGCCAGUAUGUUAUAAAU